AUAGACUAAUAUCAGUCUACGGAUAGCAGGCGCGCGGCCGGCUGCGUGCGAGCGAACUAGUGUUCGCGAUACACCGGGCGAACGAUCCGACGGUCAGUGCGGUGACCAUGAUGGACAACGGGGUGAACCACUAUGACGGCCAGUACGGCGACCAGGCGUACAUGGAACAGGAGGAGGAGUGGGAGCGCGAGGGACUCCUCGAUCCCGCCUGGGAGAAACAACAGAAAAAGACCUUCACAGCAUGGUGCAACAGCCACCUGCGCAAGGCCGGCACCGGCAUCGAGAACAUCGACGACGACUUCCGCAACGGUCUCAAGCUGAUGCUGCUGCUCGAGGUCAUCUCCGGGGAGACGCUGCCCAAGCCCGACCGCGGCAAGAUGCGCUUCCACAAGAUCGCCAACGUCAACAAGGCUCUCGACUUCAUCGCCUCUAAAGGCGUGAAGCUGGUGUCCAUUGGUGCCGAAGAAAUCGUCGACGGUAACCUGAAGAUGACCCUCGGUAUGAUCUGGACCAUCAUCCUGAGGUUCGCCAUCCAGGACAUCUCGGUUGAGGAAAUGACCGCUAAGGAAGGUCUCCUCCUCUGGUGCCAGCGCAAGACCGCGCCCUACAAGAACGUGAACGUGCAGAACUUCCACCUGUCGUUCAAGGACGGACUCGCGUUCUGCGCGCUGAUCCACCGCCACCGGCCCGACCUCAUCGACUACAGCAAGCUCUCCAAGGACAACCCUCUGGAGAACCUCAACACCGCCUUCGAUGUCGCCGAGAAGUACCUCGACAUCCCCCGCAUGUUGGACCCCGACGACCUUAUAAACACGCCAAAGCCGGACGAGCGCGCCAUAAUGACCUAUGUGUCGUGUUACUACCACGCAUUCCAAGGCGCGCAGCAGGCUGAGACGGCCGCGAACCGUAUCUGCAAAGUUCUCAAAGUCAACCAGGAGAACGAACGACUCAUGGAGGAAUACGAACGUCUUGCCAGCGAUCUUUUGGAAUGGAUCCGGCGCACAAUGCCGUGGCUGAACAGCCGUCAGACCGACAACUCGCUUGCCGGAUGCCAGAAGAAGCUGGAAGAUUACCGUACUUACAGGCGUAAACACAAGCCACCACGUGUUGAGCAGAAAGCCAAGUUGGAGACCAACUUCAACACCCUGCAAACCAAGUUGCGCCUGAGCAACCGCCCCGCUUACAUGCCAACUGAGGGCAAGAUGGUUUCUGACAUCGCCGGAUCAUGGAAGGGUCUGGAAAUCGCCGAAAAGGCAUUCGAGGAAUGGCUACUCAGCGAGAUGAUGCGCCUUGAGCGUCUCGAGUACUUGGCCCAGAAGUUCAAGCACAAAGCCGACAUCCACGAGGACUGGACCAGAGGCAAGGAGGAGAUGCUGCAAUCGCAGGACUUCCGCCAGUGCAAGCUGAACGACAUCAAGGCGCUGAAGAAGAAGCACGAGGCGUUCGAGUCGGACCUGGCCGCACACCAGGACCGCGUCGAGCAGAUCGCCGCCAUUGCUCAGGAACUCAACACCCUGGAAUACCACGAGGUGGCGAGCGUGAACGCGCGCUGCCAGCGCAUCUGCUCCCAAUGGGACCGCCUGGGAGCGCUCACUCAGCGCCGGCGCCAGGCGUUGGACGACGCCGAGCGAGUGCUCGAGCAGAUCGACCUGCUGCAUCUGGAGUUCGCCAAGCGCGCUGCGCCUUUCAACAACUGGUUGGAUGGAACCCGCGAGGACUUGGUGGACAUGUUCAUCGUCCACACCAUCGAAGAGAUCUCCGGGCUCAUGGACGCCCACGCUCGCUUCAAGGCCACCCUCGGAGAAGCUGACAAGGAAUACCAGGCGAUCGUCAACUUGGUACACCAGGUAGAAUCCAUCGUCAAGCAGCACCAGAUCCCUGGUGGUUUGGAGAACCCCUACACCACCCUCACUGCUCACGAGCUGAACCGCAAAUGGUCGGACGUGAGACAGCUGGUGCCGCAGCGCGACGGCACGCUGGCCGCCGAGCUCCGCAAACAGCAGAACAACGAGAACUUGCGGAGACAGUUCGCCGAGAAGGCCAACGCCGUUGGGCCCUGGAUCGAGAGGCAGAUGGACGCCGUCACCGCUAUUGGCAUGGGACUGCAGGGUUCCUUGGAGGACCAGCUGCAGCGGCUGAAGGAGUACGAGGCGGGCGUGUACGCGUACAAGCCGCACAUCGAGGAGCUCGAGCGCAUCCACCAGGCCGUGCAGGAGGGCAUGAUCUUCGAGAACAGGUACUCACAAUACACAAUGGAGACGCUCCGCGUCGGCUGGGAGCAGCUGCUGACGUCCAUCAACCGCACCAUCAACGAGGUGGAGAACCAGAUCCUGACCAGAGACUCGAAGGGCAUCACGCAGGAACAGCUGACCGAGUUCCGCUCGUCGUUCAACCACUUCGACAAGAACCGCACCGGCCGUCUGGCUCCCGAGGAACUCAAAUCGUGCUUAGUCUCAGUCGGCUACAGCAUCGGCAAGGACAGGCAAGGAGAGCUCGACUUCCAGCGCAUCCUAGCCGUCGUCGACCCCAACAACACUGGCUACGUGUCAUUCGACUCAUUCUUGGACUUCAUGACGAGGGAAUCCACCGACACAGACACCGCUGAACAGGUCAUCGACAGCUUCAGGAUCUUAGCUGGAGACAAGCCCUACAUCACGGCGGAGGAGCUCCGUCGCGAGCUGCCCCCGGACCAGGCGGAGUACUGCGUGGUGCGCAUGCCGCCGUACCGCGGGCCUGGGGCGCCGCCCGGCGCGCUCGACUACAUGGCCUUCUCUACCGCGCUGUAUGGGGAGACCGACCUUUAGACGCUGCUCUUGAGGAGUGCAAGUCAUAUCAUCGGACACCACCAGACCAUCGCCAGCAAGGCUGAUACCGGAAGCGCCUUGUCGGGCUUAAGAAAGUCCACGCAAGCACACCACGCCACGCACUAACCAACAAGAUCCGAACUAGUGUGGUGUCGACGACGUAACAACAAAAAUUAUCUCCAUUACAUUGACUCUUGAUUAAUAUAAAUCGCCCUAAAUGACCGUCAGUGUGAAGCAGACAAUUUUUGUUUAUUCUAAUGCAGUUAAAACAUAAUUAUAUACGUGCAAUUAUCAAACCAAAAAAAGCCAUUAACUUUUCAUACCGUAAAACUUCUCUCUAAUACUACUGUAACCAUUUUGGCUCAAAUCGGAGAAUCAUUUAAGUUUAGACCACACUAUUUAUACAUUUAGUAUUAGGUAUUUUUAACUUUUAUAAUGAAAUUCUCAGGGAAGUCACAAAAAAAGUAUUUGUAAGAUGAAAUGGUGCUAAUGUUAGGCUCGACUAAUGUGUGACACCAAAUAAGACUCAUUCACAUUGUGAGGAUGUUUUUUGUUAUAUUUUUUUAUUUAUAAGUAAACACUUAUUUAUACAAGUUCAUUUUUUAUUACUGCCAUUAGUAACUAUGGUACUGGAUGUAGUUCUAUUAAACAGCAAAAUUAGUAAUCAAAGUUGCAGGGAAGUGCCACACAAAUUAUUUAUUUCAUAGAAUGCCAUAGCUUGCCUGCAUUGAUUUAUUUACUAUUUGAAUAUCAUUAGAAUUUACGAUUAUCGUUUGUGAGAGUAUUUAGGAUUGAGUACUCUAAAAAUAAAUGAUCUGCCAUAUUUUGUCUUUUAAUAAUGACUGCAUGUAUCCAAACAAUGGUAAGAGAAGAUAGUGGUACGUAGGCUAAGGAUGAAUUAUGUGCCCAAAAUAUACUAACUCGAAUGUACAGCUAAGUUAAUAAAGAGCUCUAAAACUA